AGUCUACUGUUCAACAGUGUUAUAAUUUGUUAUUAAACAAUGAUUAGUAAGGUACUUGCAGUCGCUUUCCUGGCAGUCUUUGCCCAAGCUGCCCAUCACGACAACCAUGCAGCCAUCUCAACUGUUUCCUUCAACAACAACCACAACACCGUCCAUCACAUUCACUCUGAACCAUCUCACCACUUUGCUCCAUCCCACGGAUAUUCUGCUCCUGCUCCACAAUACGGAGCCCCUGUUGCCCAUUACGCUGUUCCAGCUGUGAAAGUAGCUUCUCCAGCAGUCGUCAAAUAUACCCACACUGCGCCAGCACCCUCAAUUGUUUCUCACUACUCCGCUCCCGUAGCUCACCAUGCCGUCCCAGUUGCUCACUACUCUGCACCAGUAACUAAAAUCGCUGCUCCAGUUGUUGUCAAAACUGUUUCCGCUCACCACGUACCAUCAGUUCACCAAUUUGCACCAGUGACGAAAUAUGUAGCUCCAGUAGCCAAAGUCGUCGCUCCAGUAGCUCAUGCCCAUGUAGCUCCAGCUGUACAUCACCAAGCUUUCGUUCCAGCUUUUGUAAAGUCGGUUCACCAUGAGGAAGAAUACGCACCAGCAAAAUACGAGUUUGCUUAUGGAGUUGAAGAUCAUCAAACCGGUGACAUCCACUCCCACAAAGAAUCCAGAGAUGGUGACAUCACUCACGGAGAGUACUCUCUACAUGACGCUGAUGGUACCAUCAGAACCGUGAAAUACACUGUUGAGAAACACAGUGGAUUCAACGCUGUCGUAGAAAGGUCGGGACAUGCCCAUCCUGCUCCCGCCGUCAAAACUUUAGUGGCCGCUCCUCACCAUUACCAUCAUUAGAAGUGUUUAUGAAUUGUUGAUUGCUGUUUAUAUACUAACGUUUUUUUAUUAUUUUCUUUGAAUAUAUAUAUAUUUUUGUCAUAA